AUGGCGUCAGAGGUUUUGAGCUCAGAAAUCCCCGAAGUGACGAAAGUGCUUCUUGAUAAUGCAAACACAUUACUAGGUCCAUUUUGGGAUUCGAUACUUAGUGCGAAUUCAUAUGGACGGACAUGGCCAGUUCCUUUGCAUGAGCACCCCUUGACCAAAGGUUCCUACACCGCGAAAAAGGACGAGGAUGGCUCAACAGAUGACGUUCCCAUGGAAGUCCCCGAGCAGCAAGAUCAUGUCAUUUCUGGGCGUACAGACGGUCCUGGUUUUGCAGUCUUGGCUGGCUAUUGGGCCAAAGUGAACAUGACUUUACUGGAGCGACAUCCACAGGAGAUGCUUGCAUUCGUGAAGACAAUCCCCUACCUUGUCGAGGGCCUCACAUCUCACUUUGAAACACCCGCUAUCGUUGAGUUAUUAUAUCGAAUUAUUCAAUGUGAGGACACCGUGCCAGACUCCGGCAUCGUCGCGUGGCUCGCUGAGCAAGGCCUUAUUCCUCGGGUAGUGUCUCUGCUGUCCCCCAUGGUGUCUCCAGAACUGCACAAGGCUGCUUCUGAGUUCUUAAAAACCAUUAUAUCGCUUUCCGCACCCUCUCCAUCUUCCUUGAACCAGGUCACUGUGCAGGACUCAUUUGGUGGUCCUGGCGAAAUGUUACUGGGGGCUGGUGGUGUAAAUAACUUGCUUGUGCGUGAGCUGGCCUCUGAAGAUAUGGUGAAUCGUAUUGUCAGCUUUAUGCUGGAUUUUAGUUCUAACUCACGACGAAGCAGCGCUACGCAGGAGACGUCGCGCAAGAAUGAUCUUAUUUUGCACAAAUUGCAAGAAGAUUCUGCCGUUGAAGAAGAAGAAGAGGAAGAAGACGUAUGGCAGUUCCGUCAGACCAUGAAAGACCGCCAAAACCGGCAUUUCUCGAUUGGCCGACGUUUGUCUUCUGCAGGAACCGGUGUGCGUGACUCUACUGCCACGAUUCGUCCGUCGCAUGUGCAUCGGCAGAGCUCAAUCCGUCGUCCUAUCAGCUCGCAAUGUUUGUCGUCUUCGUUCGUGAACUGCGCAGGCGUAUUCAUUGAAUUAAUUCGAAAAAAUAACAGCGACUAUUUUGAGCAGCAUCUUUUCCACACAUUGCGAAACUAUCUUGUGAUUCGCCAGCAGGAGCUGUCUGGUCAACAAAACCAAGAGCGACUGUCGCAGAGAACGACGGAUCCUAGUGUCGAUGAGAAGCCCGAACUCACAUUGGAGAAUCUACCUCUUGAGGACGAUGCUGAUACCGAGGGCUUGGAUGAAGCCUUGGACGAAGUGGCACAGAAGAUGGGUAUUGUCCACCUGGGCCCACUUCUCCGUGCGCUGGCAGAGAAGAUACCCGAGCUGCAGGAGCGAGUGCGGUGUGGUCUAGACUCGUCAGGCCUCAUCACGACGUCAAUGGGACAGAUUGAGCCCCUUACUCACACACGCUACUGUAUUGUUGAGCUUUAUGCGGAACUGUUGCACUGCUCAAACAUGGCACUAUUGAACCGUCCAGCCAAUUCGGGCCCUACAUAUUCUCCAUCGGGGUCUCUUCUUGGAGGGCUGGAAGGUUUGCAUGCUCUGGCUCGUACGUUGCAGGGUGAAGAUGACUUGGAGCAGGACCAGAGUAGCAUGUCAGCGAGUGCCGAGUGGGAAGCUGAUCGCGACGAAAAUGAGCGUCACCUGUCGGAAUCUAGUGCAUCAAGUUUCAAAGAAAAUGGUGGCUCUAGUAGUGCUGAAAUCACAGAUUCGUCGGGAUCGGAUCAUGCUGAAGAUGGAAGUGAUGCUGAAAGUAUCGCCUCAGCUUUAUCGAGCAUGUCUCUCGCUGACAUGAUCUCGCAGUUCACGCGACGUCGCCCUCCUGCACAAGAAAGUGACGUUCAGAUUGUGGGCAAUUACCUAAAGACACAAUUCCUUUCUUUUCAGGUCAUCCCUACACUUCUGGAGCUGUUGCUCGCUUUUCCAUGGAACAACUUUCUGCACAAUGUUGCAUAUGACAUUCUCCAGCAACUUUUCAAUGGCGACAUGGACGUGGCGAUUAAUCGGAAACUUACUAUUUCCGCAUUCAAAGACGCGCAUCUUAUUGAAACCAUCUUGGAGGGCGCCCGACGGAAUCGGGCAUCGUCCGAGGGUCCCCGUCGCAUUCGACUUGGCUAUAUGGGUCACCUGAAUUUGAUUGCAGAAGAGAUUGUGAAGCUUAUGGAACGCUAUCCUUUGGAGAUUGGUAACUAUGUGCAAGAUCACUUCACCACUGAGUGGGAGAAAUUCUUGAACGAAGACCUUUCCGAUUACCGCGCUAAAGAAUCUGCGCCUUUGGCUGGUGGACGUCCGUCAGGGAACCACUCGGGCGUACAAAAUUGGUCGAAUCUCGACUCGGACAACUGGUACUCGAGUAAUGACAAUAACGUCUCCUUUGGUCAUUACUUGUCUUCACAAAUGCGUUCAGGCGCUGGUGACGAGGAAUCGGAGGGCAAUGCUGUGACGUUCUUGAGCCAAACUGAUUCCAUGCUUGAUCCCGCGACACAAGACGCAGUUGAGUGGGGUCCAUUUGCAGAUUCUCAUUCCGCUUUUGAGUUCACUUCGACGGCAUCAAUUGAUCCGCAGCAGCCGGGAAGGCAAGAAAACCUCACUCCUGCAGAUUGGGCUGCUGAGUUCCGGCGUGGUACGAUGGAUGAUAUCCCGGCCGAGUCGGCCGUCGACAACGAUUCUGAUUCGGACGAUAUGGGCGACGCUCCAGACGCGUCUGGCUCAGGUACAGACUCGGACGAUAACAAUGACGACGAUUCGCCGUUCGUCGAUUUACACAAGCCAGGUGCUUUGCGAAAGUGCACGCAAAACAUGGAUGCUGCACACCCUGAGCGAGUUGCUGGUCACGGCGAUUUAACUGGCGACCAACACUGGCCAGCUGCUCAUGCUGCUCAUCAUGUUCGAACUUUCUCUGGUGGUGGUAGAGACAAUGCUGCUGCCCUCGCUGCAGAGCAACUUCAUGAGGCUGUGGAGCCUACCGAAGAGGGCCUACUGCGCCGUACGCUUUCUGAUGGUACUACUGUAACUGCUCCCCUCGAUGAUGCCGAGUUGGCUCAGUCUUAA